GCGCACGCACACACACCACAUACACUACGAAUGAAUUAGAUAAAUAAAUUGAAACGCAUAACCUGUUUCGAAUGAAAGAGAAAAACGUCAAAAUACUCUCAAUGAAUCACAACAAACGACCGAAAAAGAUGUGUCAUCGAACUGGCUGGAUAAUAUUGAGAAAAUCAUUGAAUUUUUUGUCACAAUUCAUAAUAUUUCUGUGUUUAUCGAAUAUAAUGGUUCACGCAUUGUUAAAUGAGUUAAAUGAGCAUUAUGAUCUAGACGAUACAUUGGUUUCACCACAACAAAAUCAAACACAUCGAAAGGGUCGAUAUUUUCCAUUUUAUACGCUCGGACGAUUUGUGAAUACACCAUGCGUCGGUUCAAAUCAAUUGAUGGGCACAUGUGUUUUAAUGGGCGAAUGUAAAGAUGCCGGCGGUGUUGCAACGGGAGGUUGCAAUUCAAUAACACGUCAGGCAAUUUGCUGUGUUUAUCAACAGACAUGCGGUGGAAGUACAUCAACUAACAAUACAUAUUUUGUAUCGCCAAACUAUCCGGGACUUUGGAGCGGUGGAUCAUCGUGUUCGUUAACGGUGAACCCUUGUAGCAAUACAGUGUGUCAGCUUCGCGUUGAGUUUCAAGAUUUAUCAUUGGCCGGACCAAGUGGAGAUGGAAUUUGUAAUACUGAUGUGAUUCAAAUAACCGGUGGAUCUUCCAGUGUUCCGAACAUAUGUGGUGAAAAUUCCGGUUCCCAUGUGGUUGUUGAUUUUGAUGGCACAAAUCCCAUACAAAUCACUAUAGCGGCGACGUCAAGUUUUACGUUCGGGCGACAUUGGUUCAUUCGAGCAACGCAAAUAAAUUGUGAUUCAGCAAUGCGAGCUCCAUCAGGAUGUUUGCAAUACCACUAUGCAUCGUCGGGAAUAGUACGAAGUUUUAAUUAUAGUCCGUCACCAAAUUCCCUGCCAAACACCAUUGGUGUGGAAGGAUCGCGACAGAUUGCCAAUUUAGCGUAUGGAAUUUGCAUACAAGCCGUAUCAUCUUGUUCGAUUACCUAUAGCAUCUUAUCGUCAGAUGUGUAUUCGUUCACAAUGACCGGUGACGUGGGCGCCGUGGAUCCAUCUCUUCUCGGUACUGGAACACUUCAAGAACAACUUUGUACAACCGAUUAUCUGAUAAUACCAAACCCAAGCCAAGGCGGAACCACACUCACCAGCGGAAGUGAUAGAUUUUGUGGCUUGGGAUUAACUGCAACAACGAGUAAUGUUCUUCCGUAUGUAUUGUAUGUGAUUACCGAUGCAAAUGAAAAUUUGGAUAUUGGAAAUCGUGGAUUUGCACUCAAUUACGCACAAAACGAAUGUCCAGUUAUAUAAACGAAUGUGACAUAACUUAUAUAGACGGACAUCCAAAGAAUUUUGUUAUUC